CGAGAUUUGAUUAGAAAGUCAAGGUCACCACCAUGCUUUUCUAGAAACGAAUAUUCCAUUUCUUCUAUUCCGUGUAUUAACAAACUAUGGCUCACCAAUUGAGAUCUUGUAAGACCACCUUGUUAAAGCUUGGUCAGGGGAAGAUACCUACGUGUUCUUGUCAUGUUCGAAGCCAGAACUCCAAUGUGAAUCAAGUUGAAAGUGAGGUAGGUGCUUCAGGGCUGCCACAUACAAUUGGUCAAGCACCACUGUCAUCAAGAAUGUCCGCUUUUCUAAUGAUGACAGAAAAAGCACUUCCAGCAUCACUGAGACCUCAAAGCGACAGUAAGAUGCUAGGUGAUGAAAGAUCAAGAUCAUUGAUUACAGAACAAGUGUGCAAGGCUCUUGUACAAUAUCCAUGGGAGUCCUAUGAAAUGAAAUCAUUGUACAGUGUUUCUAAUGAACAUAAUGGUUUACCCAGUCAUCAGUCUCAUUCUGAAGAUUUGAAAGAUUCACAUGCGACUGGUCCAUUAAGUAAUUUACUUGAUGAGUUGAAGCUUAUUCGCAGUGUUGUUCAACCUUUUAGUUAUACUUCAGAUGACAUUAUUAUACAUGAGGAUACAAAUACCUCUACAGCUGUUGACUUCCAAGAAAGUAGCUGCAUUAAAAGGAAAGGGUCAUUGGACAAUUAUGAUACUGGAAUAAUCAGUCGUUUUAAAGAAAAUGUCACAGUUGUACAAAGAGUUCAAACUAAUCUCCCAGAUACAAUUGUGGUACAACAUGUUUAUCCUACAACUUCAAUAUCACACACAACUCCCUGCAGUGUGCCAAAUAUCCAGUCUACGUUCGUCAGUAAGAUAAACAAUAGUGCACCCCUGGAUAGUGCUAAAGGAAUCCACUGUGUUUUGAUGAGUGACUCUAAGGGAAAAGUUGAUCCAAAGGCAUCACCAGUACAAAGCACAACUAAAAGGAAACCAGGGAAAAAACCCACUGAAGAAACACUUCUCCUCAUGAAAGAGCAUUUAACAGAUUCUAUCCCAAAGAUAUUUCGAACUCAUGACUACAGAAUUUACAUAAAUGACGUUACAUUUGAGAACAAUUUCUGGGGACCAAGUGUAACUUCUAAAGGUAUUCAGGCUUAUCUAUUCUACAUCGUAAAGCUACGUCUGGCAGUACAUUUCAAAUAUGUGCAAACCAAAGUUGAACUCUUGAAAAUCACAACACACGAGUCAGAUGGAACAGUUCGUGCACAUUGGAGGGUCCAGGCACUUCCACAAAUGAAGAUCUUGACCAAUUUUUGGAAAUUCUUUCCUGGAAGGUUCCGAAAAGUUGUUACACAGGAAUCUGAGAUCUAUGAAGGUAUAUCUACAUUCUAUCUGCAGGGGGAUGGUUUGGUGUACAAGCAUCGUGUAGAUAGGGUGAUAGAAGAUGAAGAACAAGUCGUGAAUAAGUCAGGAAUUGCCCUAAAGAUGGCAGUGUUGAUAGGUCUGGUACCAAAGACAUCUAUUGAGGAACUUGCUACUCUACUGUAUGGAGAAAAUGAUUUUGGAAUUUUUCCGAACUAGAUCUAUUAAUCUAAAAAGUAUGAAAACACCAGCAUAUUCAUUGCAGCUCUAUCAUACAUAAAAGUGGAAUUGAAAAUAUUCUCACGCACAAACCACAUUUACAAUAUUGUAUUGAACAAUGAUUGAAUAGAGACUGGUUGGCCACCGUAGUUAUACUGAAACGUUAGUCAACAUAAAAUGAAAUAUAAUGAUAGGGUUAUGAAAAUAGUGUAGUAUCAAACCUUCCCUGAUGUCCUGUUGUCCUUGUAAUAUUGAGUAUGUGUGGGGAAAAUACAUGAAAUAGUGAGAGAUGAAACGCAGUUACAAAAAAAUUAUUUAAUUGAUAUAAAUAUGUUUAUCAUGUUGAAUGCCAGAAUGCCAAAAUAUUAUUUAAU